AUGGACCCUUCAGGAUUAUCUUCUGAAGCCGAGCCGUCUGCAAUCGACGAGCUGCAAUCGGCCCUAGGCUCGAUUCUCAUCGCCGAAGAAGACAGGUCCACCAAGCCCUGGACCUCGUCACCCGCAUGUGUUCCGUUCCCCGAUGGCAAAGGAACCGUUCCCGCCAUCUUCGCCUGUCCCCGCGAGGUCCGUGACAGGAUCUACUAUUAUUACCUCUAUCGCGAAAACCAAGCCUACUACAGCCGCGGCGCGUCGGCGCGAUGGCCCUUCCUCGCCAGCGAAGACGUCGUGUCGCUGUUCCAGACGUGCCAAAAAGUCUACCGAGAGGCCGUGGAAGUCUUCCACCGCUACAACCAGGUCGAAAUCGGCUCCGAGCCGCGGCUCGAGGCGGGUCCCGUAAAGGUGCUUGACAGGUUCCCGGCCGCGCACGCGCAGGCGUUGCAGAUGUGCUGCAGGCAGUACGGCGAAUACGGCGCGCUGUACGUCAGACACGGCCCCUUGAAGCACCACGCCGGCGAGCUGUGGCACAUGGUCAUCCGUGACGCGUACCUGUUCAAGUCCCGCUUCCCCAAGCUGCGACGUUUCACGGCCAUCCUGAACGUGCGCCCGAGGUACUUCGAAGAGCAGGAGGGGAUGGUGUUGGACGGCAAGACCGAGGAAGAGAAGGUACGGAUCUGGAUGGAGUGGGUGAGGUUCUCGACCGGCAAGAUGAGGGCCUUGCCGCCCCUGUGGAUGAAGAUCCGGCUCGCGCUCGGGCCGCUCCAGGGCGACAGGCAGCCGCACCAAGACUCGCUGAACGAAGCACAAGUCAGGUUCGCAGAGGAACUCGCGGCGGAGGAGGGGGUGGACGAUCUGGAUGCGCUGGGCGGCACGUGGGCGGAGGAGACGGGCAGCGAGAGGGCGAAACUCGCGGAGAAGAGGCGGACUGAUAAGGGAAUGGGAUCGGAUGUAGGUCAGCCGGGGCGAAUGGGAGCAUCCUCGGCCGGUCACGUAUAA